CAUUCAUUUUCUGUUGUUGUACAGGUCCUGGUGCUGAAGGGUUUGUGGCAUGCGAAAAAGCACCGCUAGAUGCUUGGCAUGGAGUACAUGGGGAACCCUACGCAACAGACCUUCACAUGCGGCCAAAAGGUGCUGGUUCAGAAUGGUUGGGUGAUAAUUUCUCAGCAAUUUUAGAGGCGAGCACCAGUGAUCCUUCUUUUAAUGUGUCCAAAUCAUCAAAGGAACAAGUUCCCCUCACGAAAACCUGGCAUCCCUUUAAUCAAAAUGCUUCAUGCGAUAGAAACUUUAUUCCGCUGAAUUCCUGGAUGGAAGAUCGGACAAUUUUCUAUCCAUCAACAACGAAAGUGUUUUCUUCGGGUCAUGUCUUUGGCCCACCAGCCCGUGGCAGUAGCUCCAUAGAUCGACCCAUCGAUGCAUGUAAUAACAACAUAGAUUCUUCCAAUGGAAAGGCAUCUACUGUCCAGCUGCAUGCUGGGCAUAAUGAUGGUUAUGCUGGUACAAGUGGAAUCGAUAAUGACUUGAAGUUGAAUGGAAAUUUACUUGUUGGUUCCUCUCAAAUGAAAUAUGACGUGCCCUUAAACCUUAAACUAUUCCCUUCUUGGAGGCCUUGUUUGCAGACAGACAAAUCAGAACUCGCCCAGUGGAAAAUUCAGAAAGCUUUAAAUUAUAUACCUGGCUCUGCUGGGCAAUGUGAUUUGGCUGGAAGUCCUUCUGAGGCAUUUAAUCAGAUUAACCCCCCUGUUGAUUUUCCCUGUUGGAAAGGAGCACCGGCACCAGCUUCUCAACAUUCUCCAUUUUUCGAAACAGAUGAAUGCAGUGUUUUUAAUCAACAGAAUCAGACUACUCCUAUCAAUGUUGAUGUUGCAGAAGUGGCCUUCUCUCCAAAACCAUAUGGAAGUUCCCUAUAUCAUGAGACUGGGUCUGUGAAAGAUGCCUUUUCGUCUUUUUCUAGCCAACCUCCUACAGUCGUUGGGUGCAUGUGCACUGAACGUUUAUCUACUGAUGCUUAUAUAACUGGAUCGGAUUGUUCGAAGGUUGGCAAUGAGAGCAGGACCCGAAAUUUCAAUGGCAUGCAAGAAUCAGGAAAUAAUCACGUGCUUCUCCUUGAUCCCAAUCCCAAAACUUUUGACAGGAUGCCUUUAAGCCAUGAAGAAGAUACCAUUGCUUCUGUUACGCAACCUGCACUAGAGGCUCGUGUUGCAGAUCCCAGAAAGGAUUUCGACGGUGCUGCUCAUGAUGUUUCUUCUGAUUUCUUUUCUCAUGCAAGUGUUUCUACUGGGAUUGCUAGAAUGCUUGGUGCUUCUGAUAGUUCAAGUGAGCCUUUUCUUCCAAGAUUAGAUGCUCAAGUGCUGGUUAAGAUGAUUCAUAACCUAUCGCAAUUGCUUGUAUCCAAUCAUUACUGUGAUGAAAAUGCAUUGGAGGAAUGCGACUAUGAGGUUCUUCAGCUUGCAAUCCGCAAUCUUGACGCAUGGUCCACGAAGAAGGUUGGGUUAAUGAGAUCAAUGCUGGACUCAAAUCAUGAGUUGGGCAGUUCUUAUUUUCUUAGUAAGUCCACCGAGGCCAGCAAGGGCACUGCUCUGGGCAGGUCUCCUGAUACAGGGAUAGAGGCCAACAGUAUUCCAGGUGCUGAUAUGGGUUUCAAGAAAGAUGACGGAAUGGCUCAGGCUUUUAAGAAGGCUUUGAAGGAAAGCCCUUGUGAGCAGGGAGAGAAGCUCGCUCAAACUCUAUUAUUUAAGGAUUUAUGGAUCGAGGCGGAAGCUGCACUAUGCUCGAUGAAGUAUGAACUCCGACUCGCGCGUAUGAAUAUUGAGAUGGAGAAAAACAAGCAGGAAGCAGCAGAAGAUAAAGAUUCUCACACCACAUUGAAGGUGACAUGCAAGUCUAGGGAUUUGGAGAAAUCGUCGAGCUUAAAUGCGAAUGAUGGCAGCAGUAGCCAUGAUGCAUCAUUACUGAAGCCUAAACAGAGCUCGACUGAGAAUGUUCAUGAUGUUAGACAGAGCAGCUGUGAGAAAUCCCAAGACAUGAAUCCGUCUGAUAUGAAUGGUCCGAAGGAAGAUGAUGAGGCUUCUGUUAUGGCUAGAUUCCAAGUUCUUCAAAACCUUCUUAAAAUCCGGGCUGACAAUAAAGCUGUGCAACAACAACUUCCAGAUUCGAUGAUUGAUAUUGGAGUCAGUAUGGAAAUACAGGAUACAGAGCCAGAGCUCCAUGUUGAGCAUGAAGACCACCCAACAAAGCUCAUUGAUCUGGGUUCGGUGGAGACAAGGAAAACACAGCCGUUCUUGAGGGACCAACUGGAAGAUGGAAGCUUGGAAGUUACCGAUACGGUGAACUCUGCCCCAGAAAUUGGCUUAGGGUCAGAUGCUUUAGAACAGCCUGAAAUGACCAGAGAAUGCGAUGUAUCAGAUGAUGGAAUUGCGGCCCAGUUGUAUACGCGAGCCUGGGUACAUACCCACUUACCCUCUAAUGCAUGUGAUAGCCCAAGCUCGGAUUGGGAACAUGUACUGAAGGAGGAGCUCCCAUGGUAGAAUGGAGCUGAUGGUGUGUUUGGAUGCUCAAUUGAACUGAAUUGUAAUUAAAUCUAAUUGGGUAUUGAAGAAUGAUACAAGGCUGGCCUGAUACAAUCAUAAUUGCAAUGCUGGGGCAAGUACCUCAUUAUGCAUGGAGUGGGGCCACCUUUGGUCCAUUCUGAUUUAUCUGAUGAAACUCUUGAAAUUCAGUUCAAUCAAGCAUCCAAAGGCAGCCUGGAAAUGGACUUUUGAAAUUUGAACUAUUUUGUUUGCCUGUUUAUCAGUAUUUUGAACCUGCAUGACUGCAUCUCUGGUUAAAACAUGGAGAUCACAUGGUGAUGUUCCAGUCUUAGAAACUCAGUAAGUUGCUGAAACAUUCGUGAA